AUGAACACCUCUGAAAGCAGCUCCAACCCUUCUUCACCUCCUUCCAACAUCAACACUGAAGCAUUCAGUAAAUACAAAUUCGAUGAGUCCAUCUUUUCUCCGAAAGAACAAGAAAUAUUCAUCUUUCUUUCCGUGUGCAAUAAAUGUCGAAGAAAAAUCGCGGAAUUGCAAGUCGAUAAAUUCGAUCAAGAAAGAUUCAAAAAGAAGGAAACAAAAUUUCCACAUGAAAUGAAAACAAUUUUUGAAAGUUUGUGUACAGCCAAACAAUUAUUCACAUCAUCAUUGACACCUCCCUGUUUAAGUGCAUGGAAAGAUAUUGACAUUUCUUCCAAAUAUUAUUAUUCCAAUGAAAGAAAUGCACUUUUUAAAGACAUGUUAAAUUGUGCUUCCUUGGAUUAUGAUCAAGACAUGAAUCGAUACAUUAAUUUUAAAGACGAUCAAUCUUAUGAGAAUUACAUGAAAAUGCAAGAAUUUGGAAAUCAACUGGCUCAACGUGGAAGUGUUACAAAAGUUUCAGUCAUUUAUAACAAUCUUAAAAAUCCAAUUAUGGAUGAAAAUGGACAAAUUAUUCAAGGAGAUAAUUCUUCAAGCCCAGCUGGUGGAGAUAGUGGUGGUCAUGUCUCACUUUCUCAAACUGAUAUUGUGAAAAUGAAAAAAAUUAUUCGAAAAUUGAAAUUGGAAAAGCACACCGAUUAUGUUUUGGAUGAUUUUGAAGAUUUGAAAACACUUCCACCACAUUUUCAAGCUUAUUCCUAUGCACUCUCUUCUGCAUUAUGCUCCAAUCAUGUCAUUCAAUGUUUAAGAAAAAGAACACCACUUCCAGCAAGAAAAGUGGCAAGUAUGAGUGAUCAGCAAUUGGUCGACGAGGCUUCCUUUUUUGAGGUCAGUGAUUGCAUUGCUUCACAACCUUGCUCCAUGAAAGCUGUGGAUUUAUUGGAUCAUUUGAAAACUCUGGAAUAA